UUUCAGAGCCGGCGUGUCUUUUUUUUUUUUUUUUUUUUUUUUAAACUUUGAUUAUUAUUUUUUAUUAUUAUUCUGAAAUGAAUCGGUCGCACAUGAGCGGAGCAGACCGUGCCUUUACUUAAAAAGGGACGCACGCACGCAUGUUUGGAUGCGCACAACCUCAGUCAAACAGUCAACAUGUGGCUGCUGUGCUAGCAUGACUCUGCCUUGUUCAGUUACAUUAACAGGAAUGACAUGCAUUCAAUUUAUUAUGUAAGCUGUGAAUCAAACAGAUUAUGCAUGAUGGAAGUUGUAGACACCGACCAACUUGUUUCAGAUAACCUGUUGGUGUGACAGCUGGUGCAUUUGGCAAGUUUUCACUGACUGUUUUGUUAAUAGAAAAUUCCACAUAAACUGACUGAAGAGGACGGUGUCAGCCAAGCAGGAUGGUUCAGUUUGCCAAGCAGGGGCGUGGACGUCCUAAAAAGACAACCCGAGCUGAGGAGAAUCCCAAACAGGGUCCAAACAGGAAGAAUCAGUCCAUUAAAAGAGGACCGGGACGCCCAAAAAAGACAGAAACCCCAGGCCGAGCAGGCAAGGAGUCCCGUUUGAUCAACAAAAUGAUCAGUUUUAACAAGGCUUGGCCCGAGAAGGAUCAUCCUCCCCCAGUUACAGCUACCGAGGAGGAAUCAGAGCAUCCUAAAAAGAAAGCACCACAUGCCAAGAAGGACCGCUCCCAGGUAAACAAGGUGAUGAAAAGUGGCAAAAGUAAUUCCUCACAAACCCAAGGGGAGAUCCCACUUGUUAAUAAGCUUAGCAGACCAACUAAAAUGGGACGUGGACGCCCAAAAAACUGCAUACUACCACACACAGAAGAUUUGGGCAGUAGUCAGGAGAUUGAGAGUAGUGAUAACUCUAAAAAAAUCAAAGAGGAACCGGCAGACCCGGAGUUGCAUGAAAUCUGCCAUGUAACAAAGUUUGGGAAUUGGGAGUUUGAAGGCCUGGAGGCGUUUGUUAAAGAAGAGAGCGAGCCGUGGUUCAGUGGACAGCAGGAGGAGGAGGAGGAGCAAGACCAGGCAGAGGAAAACAAUGCAAAGACUGAAGUGAAACUGGACAUUAAAACUCCGCCUCUGCAGGAGACGUCUGAGUUUCAUCCUUGCCCGUACUGCACCAGCUCCUUCACCGAGCCCGGUUUCCUGCAGCAGCAUGUCAAGUAUCAGCACCGCGAUGAGUACAAUGACACAGUGAGACGAAUGUCUUCCAGGCUGAAGUUUUCAAAGGACUCCGCAGUGCACAGCUGUCCUGAGUGUAAUUGUACUUUCCAGACUUCAGUGCAGUUAACAGUCCAUAAAAACCAGGCCCAUCCCUCUGCUCCACCCAAGAAACUUUACACAUGUCCAGUCUGUGCUCGCAGCUUCGAUUACCUGCGCAACUUGAGAAAUCACUGCCAGAGCUGGCACAAGAUGUCUGUCCAUAUCUUCAAGGGACAUCUGCGAUGCUCAGACUGUAGGAGGAGUUUCAUUAAGUCCUGGGGACAGGGGCCUCAUCAGUGUAUUGGUAGAAAAACCAAAAGCAGGUUUGCUCAUCCUGAAUAUACAAAGCCGGUAUCCCUUGUAGUGGGUGUAAACUGUCAAACAUGUGGCAAGACACUGAAAAACCUCACAAGUCUGCGGAAGCACAUGGUUUUGCAUACUGGGAAGAGGCCUUAUGCCUGUGAGGAGUGUGGCUCAACGUUCAGAGACCCCAGUACGCUACGUAAACAUAUGAACAUACACACGCAAGUUAAGCCACACGAAUGUGAGGUGUGCAAGAAAAAAUUCUCAGAAGCAGGCAUUCUGCGUAAACACAUGAUCGUCCAUACAGGUGAGAAACCACACUCCUGCUCCGAGUGCGGGAAGGCCUUUGCUUACAGACAAACAUUACUCAGACACAAACAGACGCAUUUCCCAUCAGAGGAAUGCGUUAAUUGUCCAGAAUGUGGCAAAAGCUUCAAUAGCAAGGACAACCUAAAACGUCACAUGAAGAUCCACAGAAAGACACACCAGUGUGGUGAUUGUGGACUAAAGGUGUCCACCUUGCAGGUAUUGAAAGUACACAUGCGACGACACACAGGAGAACGGCCCUAUCACUGCAGGGUGUGUAACAAGAGUUUCAAACGCCGGCAUCACUUGCUCAACCACCAGCGCACCCACACAGGCGACAAGCCGCACCAGUGUGACCAGUGUGAGGCGAGCUUCACUCAAUCUGGGGACCUCACCAAGCACAAGAGGAGACACACAGGGGAAAAGCCGUAUGUGUGUGCUGUUUGUUGUCGGGCAUUCAUUUGCAAAGGGUCUCUGAACGCACACAGUGCCAGCCACUCAGAUGCACGUCCAUACGAGUGUGAGGUGUGUGCCAAAGCCUUUCGCCGGAAGCAAGAGCUAAGUGUUCACAGGAAGACGCACUCAGAAAAGAGGCCAUACCCGUGCCGUUACUGUGGUGGCUGCUUCAAACGCAAUGGACACUUGAAGAUUCAUCUUAGUAGAUGUCAUGUCAUGUUAGAAAAUCAUCAGAAAAACUUGGAUCUGAAUGAUUGAUACCAGUGGCUGCAUGACUAAAAUUAUUUAUCCUGGGUUUACAUGAGUAUCGAGACCUUGAGAAAUACAUACAUAACUCACCAUCUUCCAAACUAAAGAGUGGAACUUGCUGUAUAACAAGGGUGAGAGAUCAGAUGUUUUACUUUGUUGUACUCAAGGCAUAACCACCCCACAGGGAACUUGCAGACCAAUAUUAGUGGUUAAAAAAAUCCAGCUCAAGCCAAUUCUGCACUCAGGUCCGAUACUAAUCAGGGAUUACACUAUGAAGAUUGGACAAUUUAAAGUGUGGAGAUAGUAGAUAAACCCAUACUUUAACCUUAAACACUAACAUAACAGCUGUGCAGGUGUGGUCCUAUUUUUUUUAUUGUCCCUUUUUCUUUUAACAAUUUUUUCUAACACAUUGUGAAAGUAGAGACAUUUGCCCAUGAGUUGGAAUUGUGGGGAGACGUUUUAUCUCAAAAUUCAAAUUGUUAAAAUUGCUUUGAAACACUAAAAAGAAACAAUAAAAAAGAAAAAAAAAAAAACAAGUCAUGCAUCUGUUUCUCAUACCUUUGUUGAAGACCAAUGACACAAAAUCAAUUCAGUUUACAACAUGAUAAAAUUUAACUUUAUUUUUCUUGGUCCUAUUUCCCAUUUAACUUUUCUCAUUGUAUUUUAAUAACAUGCAGCAGACUCUACGGUUUCAAGUUUUAAUUGAAAUAGUUUUUAUAACUUUAAGUAAGUAGACACCAACAGCUAAUACCUGUCAUUUAUUCCUCCCUCGGAAUAAACUUUUUAGCUUUGGAAUAUUGAGUUCUGAGAAGCAAGCUAUUUCAGUAAAUUUCUUACAUAUAUACUGUAUGUGUAUAUGUAUAUGUAUAUGUGUGUAUAUGAAAGU